AUGUCUUCCGAAGAUUCUUUACUCGGUGGCCUGCACGAUGACGUGGCGCUCUCCUGCCUUGCCCGCGCCAGCCGCUCAGACUACUCCUCCCUCUCCUGCCUGAACAAGAAAUUCAACUCCCUCAUCAACAGCGAGUACCUAUACGAACUCAGGCGCCAAUCUGGCAUAAUCGAGCACUGGGUUUACAUGGUAUGUGACCCCCGAGGCUGGGAGGCCUUCGACCCCUCCCGCAAAAAAUGGACCCGUCUUCCCAAAAUACCCUGCGACGAGUGCUUCAACUACGCUGACAAGGAGUCCCUUGCAGUCGGCAGCCAGCUACUCGUUUUCGGUCGCGAAAUGCUAGAAUUCGCCAUUUGGAAGUACAGUUUGACCAAACGUGAUUGGUCAAAGUGCAGCCCCAUGAUUCGUCCUCGCUGUCUUUUCGCAUCCGGGAGUCUCGGCUCGAUCGCCAUUGUGGCCGGCGGGAGCGACAAAAACGGGAACGUUUUAAAAUCUGUCGAGCUUUACGACUCGUCGAGCGGCGAAUGGGAAGAGCUCCCGAGCAUGCACACGCCACGUAGGCUUUGCUCGGGUUUUUUCAUGGGCGGGAAGUUUUACGUGAUUGGAGGGAUGAAUGGGCCCACUGAGUGGUUGACUUGUGGGGAGGAGUUUGACUUGAAGACGAGAAAGUGGAGAAAAAUCGAGGGGAUGUACCCGAACGUUAACCGGGCUGCGCAGGCGCCGCCGCUAGUGGCUGUGGUCGAGGAGAGGCUUUAUGGGGUGGAGUAUUUGACGAAUAUGGUGAAGAGUUAUGAUAAGGAGAAGAAUGUGUGGGAAGAUGUUGGGAGGCUUCCGGUGAGGGCAGAUUCGUCAAAUGGGUGGGGGCUCGCGUUCAAGUCGUGUGGAGGGAAGAUUCUUGUGGUUGGUGGGCAGAGAGGGCCGGAAGGGGAAGCGAUUGUGUUGAGUUCUUGGAAUCCGAAGAAGUCGAAUGGUGGGGCUCUUGAUUGGGAGGUGGUUGGGGUGAAGGAGCAUGCUGGGGUGUUUGUGUACAAUUGUGCUGUUAUGGGAUGCUAG